GAGAGUACCAAGCCAAAAAUAGAGAGGCUAUGUCCAAAAACUCCGAGUCAUGGGGGUUAAUUGAUUUCGCGUCGCGGGUCUAAGGUGGGUGUAUGCUUGUCGAUCUCCCCAGACGUUUUCAAGUUUAUGAAUGUCGCAGAUCCCUCCCCUGUGCUCAGGCGAGUCAAUUGUCUAGCCCUUUUACUUCUCGCGCUUUUUUAUAUUCCCUAUUCCUUCCUACAAUCGUUUUUCCUUUUGCAUCCUUUCUAUUAUAAAGCAAUUAAUCAAAGCAGAAAUCAUCAAUUCGCACAUCAACGCAUAAUGGGAAUGUAUGCUCCCAGCUCUAGGAGUGGGACCCACUCCAAUCGACAACAGAAUGCAAUGCCACAGGGAUGAGAUGACAUAGAGGAGAGCUGCAAGUGUAGCCUGUCC